AAAGGGAAUGAGUUUCCGCGUAGACAGAUGAGACUGAUGAGAAGCUAAACAGGAGACAAAAGCUUUUCUUUUCCCUUCUUUCUUUCUUUCCUUCUUUCCUUUCUCUCUUUGUUUUUCAUUUUCUGAAACUUCUCAUCAAAUCUGAACGAAUAAUUAUUAAACUGCGGGUUUUUUUAUAUCGACACAUAAGCAGUUAAAGAAAGAGGAGGAAGAAAGAGAUCAUCAAAAUCUGUCCCUUUUUUUCUUCCUUAAGGAUUCACACCUGCCAUUCACACCACCCCCUUCAUAGAAUCUAAGCUUUAUCCUUCUUCUCUCUCUUUUCUUUUCUUCUUUCAUAUUAAAUCUUUUCGAAACCCAAACUUAAUCUUCACGAAAACACCCCUUUUUAAGAUUGAGGUUUUGGUCAUGGAGGGACAUCAUCGUCAUCAUCACCAACAACAACAGCAACAUCAUCAACCACUUCAGCAUCAAACUCAUCAGCUUCAUCUUCAACAACAACAACAACAACAACAACAACAACAGCUUCAGCAGCAGCAGCUUCAGCAGCCGCUUCCUAGUACUAUCAGCGUCAACGUGGACUCGAGCGAUAGGUUUCCUCAAUGGAGCAUUCAAGAGACGAAAGAGUUGCUGGUGAUCAGAGCCGAGCUCGACCAGACUUUCAUGGAGACGAAGAGAAACAAGCUUUUGUGGGAAGUGAUUGCCACGAAGAUGAAGGAAAAGGGCCACCAUCGCAGCGCCGAACAGUGCAAGUGCAAGUGGAAAAACCUCGUUACCCGUUACAAGGGAUGUGAGACGAUGGAGCCGGAAGCUAUGAGGCAGCAAUUCCCAUUUUACAAUGAGCUGCAAGCGAUUUUCGCAGCGAGGAUGCAGAGAAUGCUGUGGGCAGAAGAGAGCGGGGCUGCAAGCGGGUCGAAGAAGAAAGCGCUUUCUUCGGAUGAGGAGGAAGAUAAUGAGGACAGCGAGGCCGAGAAUAAGGCAAGCACGGUGAGGAACAAGAAGAAGAAGAAGGUGAAGAUGAGCAAUAUUGGCAUCAGCAGUACAAGUGGGAGUGGAAGCGGAAAUAAUGUGAGGGAGAUAUUGGAGGAGUUCAUGAAGCAACAGAUGCAAAUGGAGAUGCAAUGGAGGGAGGAGUUUCAAGCGAGGGAGAACGAGAGGCGGUUGAAGGAGAUGGAGUGGAGGCAGACCAUGGAAGCUCUAGAGAAUGAGAGGAUAAUGAUGGAGAGGAGGUGGAGAGAGAGAGAAGAGCAAAGGAGGAUGAGAGAGGAGGCUAGGGCUGAGAAGAGGGAUGCUCUUAUCACCGCUUUGCUAAACAAGCUUAGAAGAGAAGACAUGUAGCAAGCAAUGAAUGGUGGCUUGAGAGGUUUGUUAAUUCUUAAUUAGCUAGAAACACUCUUGGUUCUUUGGAAAAUGGGUUUGGAGUUCAAUGGAUGUUAUACAUUA